AUGAAGGCCUUAGGCGCUGAAAUCAUGCUCCAGCACCCCUCAUUCCCACUGCCCGAUCCUCCUGCCAAUGCAUCAUCCUUGUUGCUUGAUCAAUCCGGCCCCCCCACCAUGUCACCGGCCGAAUCUGCACUCCCACCUCUCAUUGAUCUCACAAUGGAAGGCAUUGCUCCCACAACCGCAACCGCAACAGUCCCGGAUGCCUCUGCCAUUGAUGGCCUCCUGUUUGAUUACAACCAAGUGAUGCCGAGCAACCUUGUCCCAGAAUAUAACUCCUCUGAUGACAUGGAUGUUGAGGUGGAGGUGAAGGUUGAAGAGUCUUCUGAGGAGGUUGACAUGGCUACAUAA